AUGACCAAUGAACAGUGUUUGGAUUGUUUGCUGGCUUCUGUACAGGGGCACGAUGUACCUCAUUCCCUGCCUUACACGAUCCCAUUGCUCAGGAACACCUUUGGCUUCAUAAAUGGGGGGUCGGCAUUCUUCUACAAAGCUGUUAAAUAUUGUGAAGGGCGACGGCCGUUGCGAAUUGAUCUCCUGGCCGACGAGAUAUACCUUGUACAGCAUCCCGGAGAAAUCACACGGAUUUUCAAUACUGCAGGCCUUACCGUCACCAAGGCGUACGCGAUUGCUCUGAAGUACUGCUUUGGAAUGAGUGAUAGAGCUGUCGAGGUCUACCUAUCUGAUACCUCAGGCUCCCGUGAAAGGCCCAUACCCGGCAGCAAUGUACCCGAAACUGCGCGAGUAAGCUACCACACUCACAGGAAUCUGGUAGAAGGUCUACUCGGGGAUGGGCUAGAGCCAACGACAAAGAGAAUUAAAGACGCACUUUUCGCGUCUUUGGGCGGGCUUGCGGAAGGUGCUAACCCUCACUCGGGGGAAUGGGUUUACGGGGAUGAUCUGUCUCAAUUCUUUGAAGAGCAUCUCGGGUCGUCCAUGUUAAGAGGAUUAUUCGGCUCGCUGUUAUUGACCGAUAGCCCGGACUUCACCCGUAAUCUCUGGGAUUAUGAUAAGCGGAUCAUGCAACUUGCGAAAAGGUUGCCUCGCUUUCUAAUUCCCAGGGCUUAUAAACUACGAAAUGAGCUCAUUGCCUCCAUAAUGAGAUGGCAUCAGCUUGCCACCAUUCUCUCAUGGCCUGAGGCAGACGAAGAGAAAGAAAUCUCGUUAUGGGGAUCUACAAUGAUGCGUCGCAGACAUGCGAUGCUGCUGAAGACAGAAGGCCAGGACUUGCGUUCCGUUGCCUCGACUGACUUAGGGCUGAUAUGGGCGAGCGUCACAAAUAUUGUCCCAUCCACCAUGAUCCUAUGUACGCAGAUGUACCGAGAUUUGUCGGUCCUCAAAGAGGUGCGCCAGUCUUGCGGGGGACACGGUGCUCGGCAAAGCCCUCUAGACAUUGACAUCAAGUCCUUGGAGAAGCACCCCAUUCUGCUUUCUCUUUAUGCUGAGUCCUUACGCUUUGGGGUGCAGAUUCACAUACCCCGAUCCUCGCCGCAUAAGGACCUCCAGAUUGGGGGACAGUCGGUCCCCAAGAGGAAAAUGAUUCUUAUCAAUACCUGGCUUUCUCACAUCAAUGAUAGCGUCUGGAACACACGGGAUGGUUUACAUCCUUUAGAUACAUUCUGGCCACGACGAUUUCUUGUCAAUCCUGGAGAUGAUGGCAGUGGUCCGACCAAGAGGCAUAACCCGGGGGUUGAUAGCCAACUCAACACCGAAGCAUCCCGAAAGCCUGUUCCAGAGACGUUCUCUCUCGAAGGGCUUGAUGGAGUCUGGAUCCCCUACGGAGGUGGGCAACAUGCCUGUCCUGGAAGAAUAUUAGCCAAGCGAAUCAUGCUGCUAACUGCCGCCAUGAUCGCCACGAUGUUUGACAUCGAGCUAUUAGGUCCGGAAUCUGCCUUGGAAUUUGUCUCUCCACGGUUUGGCUUUGGUGUUAAGAAGCCAGCUAAAAAGGUCCCGUUUCGGAUUCGACGGCGGAGGUGA